GUCUUCCGGUUUCCGGUUCAUUCCGCUGUGCGCAGGAGUUGCUAGUUACAGGAGCCACAAUGGCGUUUGUAGUGUCCUUCAGAUAGGGCUGUGGAUGAUAUUAAAUCCACUAGCAUCGCCCUAAAUAUAGGCCUGAUUGAAUCCCAGAGCCAUUGAUAAUAAACUGGAACAUCUUCUGCACACGAAAAUACUAUGAUUUCUUAUCAGUAUUGAAUUUAUAGGGGAUAAAACUAACAUUAAAGGGAAUAUGUAAACAGUACCAACCGGGUCAAGUUUUCAUUUUGUUCGAGAAACAAGCGUCUUCCAAUGAAGGCAUGGCUUGUUUCUGAAUGCUAAGACCGUAAUUUUGUGGGAUAAAAAACACCUUUACUUAACUUGGCACCGGACAAGGACACCAUUCACAAAGGGACUUUUUUCUUUUCUGCGAGUCAGCUCGCUAACCGCCGAGCGUUAGCUAGCGGUGCUAGCUAAAACUAAGACGGAGGCGACUCCACAAUGCUCCGGUGUUUUGUUGGGAUCUUUUUAAUUCCCUGAAUAUUUCGAGGUACAACACUUCACAGCGCCGGGAAACCACAGUGGCAUUUUUCUGCUUUGAUGAACUAACUUAAAGGAUCUCACUGGAAUGAAUUGGUAUCGAGGAGAACUGGACCUGCUGCUACCCUCCUUGUGAAUGAAUUGGCUGGACCACAGAGGCCCAGUUACAGGAGAGGUACCGUCGGCGUGAGGGAUGCCUGGGUCGGACCGACACCAUGGGACCAAGAGGAAGCCAGAAUCUAGCAACAGCGGUGUGCCACCACACCAGACCCAGGCCCAGACUCAUACCUCUGCGGGAGAAAAGGCAAGCAAAGAGGACAAGGUGCAGUUAAAAUCUUCAAUGUCCUCUACAAAACGUAAACGGCAUAAAUCAAACAAACAUAAUAGAGGAUCCUUGGCGACACCGGGACCAGAAUAUUUUACCCUAGGCGACACUGCGCCACCUGGUGUCAACACCGUGAAGCCUCUGGUGGAGUACGAUGAUAUCAGCUCGGAUUCGGACACUUUCUCGGACCCCCCGUCCUCCAGGCCCUCUGACAGGGCCGGCGGGUACCGACUGGAGCCGUCACCAGACUACGAGAAGGACAGUGUCAGCAGAGAAGCUGAAAGUAGACAGAGUAAGGGACACAGACAGUCCCGCAAGAAACCUAAGGACCCAAACAAAGUUAGAGACCCUGGUAAUGGGGAACGUGGGUACAAGAAAAAGAGCAGCAAGGACCGCGAGAAAGGGGUUUCGGGGAAGAGCAAGGAGAAGGCUGCCUCUUCUGGUCUGUCAUCCAAACGCCAGGUCCAGCAGGAGGGUGACUCCAAACGUGGGGAGCUGAUGCCCUCCUCCCAGCCUCAGCCUGUGGCCAGUGUAGGGAGCACCACUUCCUCCACAUCCUCAUCCCGCAGCAAGGAGAGCAGCCGCUCAGGGAAGUCUCGCAAGGACCGGCAGCAGCGCAGAGAGGGCCGAGGAGGAGAGACCAGCCGCGCAGCCUCACAGAGGAGCCGGGCAGACGGGGGCCACCGCAAGUCCACCAAGAGCCACAACAAGGCAAGCCCGAAAGGCAAGUCCUCGAGUAGGGGUAGCCCUCGCAGGAAGGGCACCAGCUCUGCUCUUUCGCCCAGUCCCAGGAGAGGGCCUGGAAGCGAGAGUCCACAGGGGAGUGGAUAUGGUCAGCAGGGGGAUGAUGGCUACUCCAGGCGGAGGGUGGCCCAGCAGAGCCCCAGUCCCUAUAGGGACACAUCUCGCCGCAGCAGACAGAGAUCAGACAGCCCCUAUGGCAGUAGACACAGGUCCUCCAGCUAUGAGAGGGACAGCAGCCCUUACUCAAGGAGACGCUCCAUCAGCCCCUAUGGUACUCGCAGAUCCUCCAGCACCAGCCCCAUGUCUAGACGCUCUGGCCGCUCCAGAAGUCGCUCCCCUCUGCACUACUCAUCUUCUCGUCGCUCCUCCUCUCGAUCCCGAAACAAGAGGCAUACUUCCUCUGUUGGAGUGGGGGGCACCUCCCACAGCAGUCGGCCAUCGAGCCGCUCCCCACCCUCCUCUCGCCUGCCGCUGAACUCCAGCCUGGGCGCAGAACUGAGCAGAAGGAAGAAGGAACGCCAGGCUGCUGAGGCCGCAGCGCGUGCCAGCGGUGGAGCUUCUCCUCUGCCCCCAGCACGUAAACUUGCAGGCCCUUCCAACUUGCGGCCUUCCAAAACCGAGGCUGCACAGCCAGACAGAGAGGUAGAAGAACCCCCUCCGCCCCCGCCUGCGACAUUAUCGCAGGAUGAUCCUAAUGUUGAAGAUGAGGGUACAGCUAGACCUUCCUCUUCCACCUCGUCUCCUGCACCCCCUCCUCCUCAGCCCUCUCCACCUGUGACACUCGGUCAAGGAGCACAAGCCCAUCCACCACCACCACCACCUCAUACAGAAACAAGUAUUCAGCCUCCUGCACCCUCAGCCACAUCCCAGGCCAAAUCUCCAGCUCCGCUUCCUACACGCAGCCCCAUGCGCCUAACGCCGCUCCACAAAACAUCCACUCUGCCUCCCCUGCCUUUACCGCCUGCACUGCUGGGAAACGCCCUAGACAGUCCAAAGAAGUCCACCCCACCUCACAAGCUGUCUAGAAAAGACAAGGAGGGUCGCAGUCGGCCAUCAAUCACUGACCUUCCUUUACCACCCACCCUAACUGGAGGAGACGCCUCACCUCCGCAGUCACCCAUCCGCCAGGCUCCUAUGUUACCCCAGACAGCCCUUAAGAAGAGACCAAAGAUUUGCUGCCCACGAUACGGUGAGCGUAAACACACCCAGAGUGACUGGGGGAAACGCUGUGUAGAUAAAUUUGAUAUAAUUGGCAUUAUUGGCGAAGGAACCUAUGGCCAAGUGUACAAGGCCAAGGACAAAGACACCGGUGAACUGGUAGCUCUGAAGAAAGUGCGUCUGGACAAUGAAAAGGAGGGUUUCCCCAUCACAGCCAUUCGAGAGAUCAAGAUCUUGCGGCAGCUCAAACACCGUAGUGUUGUCAACAUGAAGGAGAUCGUGACUGACAAGCAGGAUGCCCUCGACUUUAAAAAGGACAAAGGUGCAUUUUAUCUGGUUUUUGAGUACAUGGACCACGACCUGAUGGGCCUGCUGGAAUCAGGCCUAGUCCAGUUCUCCCAUGAGCACAUCCGCAGCUUCAUGCGCCAGCUGAUGGAAGGUCUGGACUACUGCCAUAAGAACAAUUUCCUUCACAGAGACAUCAAAUGCUCCAACAUUCUGCUCAACAACAGAGGUCAGAUCAAGCUGGCUGACUUUGGUUUGGCUCGUCUUUACAGUUCAGAGGAAAGUCGGCCGUACACUAAUAAAGUAAUCACACUAUGGUACCGCCCUCCUGAACUACUGCUGGGAGAGGAGAGAUACUCUCCUGCCAUAGAUGUUUGGAGCUGUGGAUGUAUUCUUGGAGAGCUUUUUACCAAGAGGCCCAUCUUUCAGGCUAACCAGGAGCUACUACAACUGGAACUCAUCAGUCGUCUGUGUGGGAGUCCCUGCCCAGCAGUCUGGCCCGACGUCAUUAAGCUUCCUCUCUUCAACACCAUGAAACCCAAGAAGCAGUACAGACGGCGACUGCGGGAGGAGUUUGCUGUUUUACCGACUACUGCUCUGGACUUACUUGACCAAAUGCUCACCUUGGACCCUGCACGGCGCUGCACGUCAGAGCAGGCCCUCCACUGUGACUUCCUGUGUGACGUUGAGCCCAGCAGGAUGCCACCUCCAGAUCUUCCUCACCACCAAGACUGCCACGAGCUGUGGAGUAAGAAGAGACGGCGAGCUCGUCAGAGCGGGCUGCCCGGUGAUGUGCCUGUGCCUAAAGUGCCCCGUAAGGAUGCGACAGGAACCUCCAGUGGGGAGAACAGCCGAGCCCAUAGCAGCCCGGCUGGAGCCCCACCACCCCCACAAGGAAAACCCCCCUCCACAGCCAACAUCGAGUCUGAGCUCUCAGGCCUGGGUGCUGCUGCAGAACAGUUGAACCCGGCAGAGCUGGCGGUGCUGGUGAACCUCCUGCAGGGACACACAGACCUCAGCCUGCCUCAAGUGGCCCAGCUCCUCAACCUCUCCAACCCAGAGACCCUCAGCCAGUCUCUGUCUGCGCUCAGUGAAGCUUCUGACCACCAGGGGGCUCCAGAGGACCAGCCUCAGGCUACUGCCAGAUCCCAGCCGCCAGAACCACCUCCUGAACCCCAGGAACUCUCGCCGACAUCCGGAGACCCGCCGCUGAGCCAGGAAGACCAGGCCAACCUGCUGGCUCUCAUUUUAGGCCACAUCAUUAAGCCACAAACCGAGGAGCAAGGCAAUGAGAGCAAUGGCGUCCAAUCAGAGGAGGCACUAAAGCGCGAUUCAUCCGCCUCCACUACUGAUGGCAAGGAUGUCGCAGCAUCAAAAAGAAAACCGAUUGGCUCUAACCCCGUGCCCCUAUCAGGUGAGCAGCGUCCACCCUCACCUCCAGGGCCGCCUCCAUCAGCUGUCCCUACUGGAAAUGCGGAGCAGGCCGGGUCUGAAACCCAACCCAGCCAGGACAUCAGCCCUGCUGUCGCAGCCGCCUUGCUCCAGCUCAUCUCUCAGCACGACUCGGAAGCUGAGGUCCCACAGCGCAGCAAGAACCCCUCUCCCGCUGUAGAUGCUCCAGCCCCGGGAAAGCCCCCUCCACCGUGGGUCGCAGACUCGCCGCCUAAAUCUUCAGCUGCAGCUGAGGCCCCACCAGGGCAGGAGACUGCUGCACCUACCAAUGCAGCACAGUUCCCCAAGGACCAGGACCUGCGCUUCUCCCAUGGAGCUGCACGCUGACCUCCGGCCUCUUCAGUGUGACAGACCUGGUUAUGUUAUGGUGGCUCCGGAAAACCUGGCCUGAGGGGAAGGCAGAGGAAGAAUGCAGAGGGACAUCUACAGAUUAGGACUCACUGGACCGUGAUCAGGUAGCGAGAGCUGAAACACAGAUCUUGAAAAUGAAUGUAAGAAAGAGAUUGAAGGUGUUUCCAGGUCAUGAACAUCACUGCCCUCUGAACGAGCAGGUGUGUUGUUUCGGGUUCUUGGACCCGGGGUCAGUCUGUUCUUUAAAAGUCCUGUUAGGUAAAGUCACCACCUUUUGAAUCCUCACUCUUUCUUGUCCACAGAGUUUCUGACUUCAAUGAAGUUUAGCUUCCAUACUGAGUGCUUUGCUGCUGACACUCACAGAGAAAGCAGCCUUGAUCCUUUUCCCCUCAAUACGAAUGAUUGUUUCGUCCACUGUAGUGCCCUCCUCUUGGAAAUGAGUAUUAAGGGGAAUAGAAUUACUGUCCUCCGCUCUCUUAUGGAGUAUUGUCUGUGACAGUCAAAGUACUCUGGCUGAAGCUUAAACACCUUGUGUGGGUACCUUUCAGCCAGAGUCCACUGCUAACACUGAAGGAUUGUGGGUUAUCUGUUAAACCUGCUGGUUAGAACCCCUCUUUUCAGCCUUGUGCCUCCUUAAUGACCCCCAGAACCCCCUGAAUGAGCUUGGCCUGGUGGGGAUUUGUGGGUAAAGUGUCUACUUUGAGUGGCACCUACAUCAGAGUAAGUCUGCGGGACAUUUUAAGAAAUUGUAUCCAAAGGCUGCCGGUCAUUAACUCGCUGAACUGUAACGUGUUCUUGGGCCAUCCAUAGAAAUCCUUCCGUAACAUGAAGCAAACCUCUGUGUCACAAGCUUAAGCCAGUAGUGCUCAAUAUUCUGUCUCUAAUAUGGAUUCAACCACUACAUAAUGACUACUCUGUCACACACACACACACACACACACACACACACACACACACACACACACACACACACACACACACACACACACACACACACACACACACACACACACACACACACACACACACACACACACACACACACACACACACACACCACCCUGCUAUCUGAAGUAAACAGCGAGAAACAUACACUUUAUACACAAACAAACAAUCUUCAGCUUUUUUCCUUGCUGGCUCUGAAAGCCUCGUCGAAUAUGUUGUCGCUUCCCCGCCAACUUGUGCAGCAAAAGCUUUUUUUUUUGUGCAGUUAUUUUCAACACAAAGAAAAUUAUUCAAGGUUAAAAAAAAAAAAAAAAGGUCAAUUUUCUGUUUCCAUUUUUUUGCUUUGGAAAGGAAACGGGAGAAGAAAACGGCUUCACUUGUCUGUAAAAAGAAAAAAUAUUUUGUAAUAUGUGUUUUCUUGGUUCAGUUUAUUAAAGGAAGUUAUGUGACCAGUUGA